CUAUAAAUCGGGAUGAAAAAUUGUUAAAAUUCUGCAGCUUAUUAAAUGUGACUGAAAUUUAAUUUGGGAAUGUUUGAUUGUAUUAUAUUUUUUAUUUUUUUAAGGUAUUCAGUGAUCAACAACUUGCUGGUCUCGAAGCAAGGUUUGAGGCACAAAGAUACCUUAGCACACCAGAGAGGGUAGAGCUUGCAGCAGCACUUCAUUUAUCAGAAACUCAAGUUAAGACGUGGUUUCAAAACCGACGAAUGAAACACAAAAAACAAUUAAGAAAAAUCAGUAAUAGUAGUAAUAGCAGCAAUCUUUCAAAUGGACAUCAGGGAGGACAAUCGUCUUCAGCAACGUCACCAGCAGAGAGACCAGUGGAUUUUUCGUUAAAUGGUGGUCGAGAAUCCCGAGCCAGUAGUGAUGCUGUUAUGGAUUCAGAUUCUGAUGAAAUUGACGUCCUUGGUGAUGAAGCACAAUUACCUGUUCAAUUACCUUCGACACUCAAUCAACCGGUAAAACGUUCGUCUUUAUCUCCUGUGAAUUUUCAUCGAUCCUUACAUUCUACCGUCAGCUUGACGCAUCAAUCGUCUCAUCAAAAUCAGACACUUCUAUCACGUAUUCAUCGCUGAGAAAAAAGUGACGUGAAUUUAUAUUUGAAUCUCUAGGUAUGAGUUUAAACAAAUUCUAUUAAUUUUCGACAACGUGUCUUCAAACUGAUAAAAUAUUAUUGGUAAAAUAUUUACUUAACCAUGAAGAUGGUUAGUUAAUCAAAGUCUAAUCAAUUUAAAAACCAAAAAUUUAACUUACUAGAAUAUUUAUUUUUAUUUAGAAAUGUUUUCAUAUAAAGUUUUAUUUUGGGUCAAGUCCUGUUGAGUAAAAUUUCAAUUCACUGGUGUAGAAAUCUAAUAAAAAUAGACUAUACUGUUUAUCAUAAAAUCAUCUAGAAUAUUAUUUACAUAAAAUAUACGAUUUGAUUUUAAUAUUGAUUAUAGUUUCUUGUUAAUUUGUCUUGAUUAUAAUUAUGUAAUAGUUUUUCAAAUUAAAUGGGUUUUGUAAGUGUUCUUUAAAUUAUUUGUUAUCUACAUAUUUUUAUACUUGUGAGAUUAUACAGCUUCGAUUACAUAACAAAAAAGUGAGUGUUCGAAAAAUUAAAAAAAAAAAAACAUUAAUUUUAAAUAAAAUAGAAAAGUACUAAUACGUUUCUUAUGGCAAUGUAAAUAUGUUAUGAAUGAUAAUAGCUUUGAGUUAUAAUUUUAAAGAAUCGUAAAUUGUUUUGUAAAGGACUGAUAUAUAAAUGAUAAAAUUUUGUUUUUUAUUUAGAAUACAAAUAACU